CUGAUUAGUCAGCGUGUGGGGGGGCGGCGGGGCGGCUCUGAGCCGCAGGAGAGGCGACGUAGGUGAGACUCUGCGCAGUGCACCGGGUUUGGAAAGAGUGCGGUCCUGUCACUGCUGUACCUGCUCUGAAGAUGCUGGAAGAAAGCGUUAUCUAGGAAACGCAAUUCCACAUAAGGUUAAAACAAAUUAAAAAACCGGCUGAUGUAAGGAAUAAGAGCCGAUACACAUAAAAGGCAAAUUAUUGCUUUUCACCUGCUACCUCACGGUGGGCUCACCCGACCUCGAGAUAAGACUGCCACAUUCAAAUCAUCUAAUCAUUUAAGAUCUCUUGGAAACCGGCUUUGGUAAACAUUCGUUGUGAUUUCUGAAGAGCUCGGCCCACCUAAAAUUCUUACCACGGUUUGCUCGUGUGUGCUCUGUGCCUCACGGUGGUCGCCGGUCUCUCCUCGACACGGGCGGUCAGUGACGGGUUCCGUGUUUCUGUGAUGUCCAGGCAGCGGCUCCGGGACAUGGAGGACACGGGUGGGCUGUGUUUUGAAGUGAAGCAGAGGAGGGGCGACGAGCUGUUUGGCCCUCAUGAGGGCCGGGUGCAGUACAGUCUCCAGAUGGUGGGCUUUCUGCCCGUGCACGCCCUCACCACCCUGCCCAUGCUCCCCUGGAUCGUGGCCGAGAUCCGACGCCUCGGCGCCCGCGAGCAGGUCGCCCUCCACGUCUCCCCGACCUCCAUCCGCUGCGUCCUGGACACCGGCCACGGCCAGCAGUGGGACCCCUUGCGCUAUAGCGUGGUCUUCGAGCACCGGCCCCAGCACGUGUGCAGGCUCAUCCACAACAGCCACGAUCCCAGCUACUUCGCCUGCCUGAUCCGGGAGGCGGCCCCUGGCCUCCGAGAGCAGAGGACCACCUGCUACGUCUUCUGCUGUGCUGAUCAAGCCAAGACUGCCGCAUUCAAAUCACAACAACGCGGCUACUGCGCACUUUCCUGUUUUCCUCACGAUCGAGUUUGCUGUGCUGUGCUUCAGCUGUACUGCACUCCACUCUGAUAAGGCGUAGAUUUCUGCCUCCCUGACCAGGAUUCUGGAGCAGUACUGAGAAAAUGAGAAACCAGCGAGGCAAGGCUCAUCAGCUUUCAGUCGGGCAAACGGAUUUCGCCGUGCGUGCGUGACCUGACGUGUGAAUUACUGUCAUCGUGAGGGAAAGCUGCAGUCCCAGGAGACAAAAAAAAAAUGGGCUUGUUCAAGGAUUUUUUUGGAGAGAUGAGAGUUGAUGGUACAGGUUCAAGAGCGUCCUGAUUCACCUGUCAGUGGGAUGAGAAUGGGGAUAAGAAGAAGUAAGAUAGUAUCGAAAUGAAAAAAUAUUAAAUUAAAAGAUGGUGCUUAGCCCGCAUAACGUGAUAUAGAAUACGGCUGGUGUGUGUUGAGGUGUUUUGGGUAUUCUCUUCUUGCUCUAGAUGCAGCAAGUGAUUUAAAGACAUGUAGGUCCUUCACAGACCCAUCUAUCUGAAACCUUCAGAUGAGAUAACGCGGUUCGGAAGAGCUAUUUCUUGAAUUAUCACGGUCAAAAACCUGUUUGGGGUAGGUUGUUCCAAACACCCACAGCUCUUUGUGCAAAACAAUGUGCCUUCUAAUAUCUGACCUCUGUACACUUGUGUUUAACAGACCCCUAAUCUCUUUACUCAGCUUGAAACAUUUGCAUAGUAACAGUUAAUAAAUGUGAAGUGUAUCUGUAUAUUAAAUAUGAUUACAUAAACAUCCAUUAAACAUUGAAAUGAAUCUAAUGGUUCA